AUGGUCGAUUUCCAGGCCCUGGUCGCGUCGGCGCGCGUGACGCUGUUUGCCUCCAAGAUCCAAGGCGGCGUCGCCUUCGACCCGGACCGAGACAUCCCCGACCUCGAGGGCAAGGUUGUUCUCGUCCCCGGCGGCGCCGGCGAUCUAGGGAGGCAGGUGACUGCGGACCCGGCGCGGCACGGCCCUGCGCGCCUCUGCGUCGCCGACCUGCCGCGCGAUGACGACGGCGAGCCGGUCACAAUCGUCGUCCUCAGUGCCGGCAUCAUGCGCGUGCGGCCGGGCACGACGGCGGAGGGCUACGAGAUCGCGUUCGGCAUCAACUGCCCCGGCCACGCGCUCCUGACCAUACUGCUGCUGCUGCCCACCCUCCGCCGCACCGCCGAGCCGCCGGACGCCGACCUCCGCGUCGUGGCGGGAUCGAGCGAGGGCCAUAAGCUGGCCUCCAAGGGCGGCAUCUUGUUUGACAAGUUGAAGGGCCCGUGCGAGGACAUUCGUUAUGGCCGGAGCAAGGUGGCUAUCAUCGAAUUUGCUCGGGAACUGGCACGGCGGUAUCCUCAGCUCAAAUUGGCUGCCGUGCACCCUGGCCGAAUCAUCACGGGCAUGACCCGCGGCCUGCGGAAGGAGAUCCUCCUCUUCAAGUCCUCAGCGCCCAUCUCGCCGAUCUUUUGCGUGUCGCCCGCUGUUGGGGUCAGGAAUCAUCUCUGGGCAGCUACGGGGCCCGACAGGGAGACAGCCAUUGUCAAGAAUCCGGAGUUGUCGAAGAGGUCGUGGGAGUGGACAGAGAAGGAGCUCCAGGGGAUCCAGUAA